UCUUGCUUCGUUUGUUUCUUCACUCUCUUUCCAUUUCCUUCUUCUGGUUUUGAUAUUUUUGUUCCGCAACAAUGGAGAUUUCGGAAAGUGUGAAAGCUAGAUUGGCGGUUCUGUCGGCACAUUUGGUUACGGCUGAGCCGAUCGGAUCUUCGGCGAUCGAGCGAUGGUGCACGUCGGCGAACAUUGCACCGCAUGGAUCCUUGAAGGGGACACUGACGAUCGUCGACGAACGCAAGGGGAAGACAUAUCAGGUGCCGGUCUCCGAAGAAGGUACCGUUAAAGCCAUUGAUCUCAAGAAGAUAACGACGGAUAAGGAGGACAAAGGGCUUAAGUUAUACGAUCCUGGUUAUUUGAACACGGCUCCUGUCCGGUCUUCGAUUUCUUACAUCGACGGAGAUGAAGGCAUCCUCCGAUAUCGAGGAUACCCAAUUGAGGAGUUGGCUGAGAGCAGCACUUUUCUGGAGGCUGCUUAUCUCCUCAUGUAUGGGAAUCUGCCUUCUGAAAGUCAGCUUGCCGAUUGGGAGUUUGCAGUUUCUCAGCAUUCAGCUGUGCCACAAGGAGUGUUGGAUAUUAUACAGUCUAUGCCUCAUGAUGCUCACCCAAUGGGAGUUCUUGUUAGUGCAAUGAGUGCACUUUCCAUCUUUCAUCCUGAUGCAAACCCUGCUCUUAGGGGCCAAGAUAUUUACAAGUCCAAACAAGUUAGAGACAAACAGAUUGUCCGCAUUCUUGGAAAGGCACCAACUAUUGCAGCAGCAGCGUAUCUGAGGAUGGCAGGAAGGCCUCCAGUUCUUCCUUCUAGCAACCUUUCUUACGCAGAGAAUUUCCUCUAUAUGCUGGAUUCCAUGGGCAAUAGGUCUUACAAACCUAAUCCUCGACUGGCUCGAGUGCUUGACAUCCUUUUUAUACUGCACGCUGAACAUGAAAUGAAUUGCUCCACUGCUGCCGCCAGGCAUCUUGCUUCCAGUGGUGUUGAUGUGUACACUGCUGUGGCUGGAGCUGUUGGUGCAUUAUAUGGUCCCCUCCAUGGUGGUGCAAAUGAGGCUGUGUUAAAGAUGUUAUCGGAGAUUGGAACCGUUGAAAAUAUCCCAGAGUUCAUCGAGGGCGUGAAGAACAGGAAGAGGAAGAUGUCGGGUUUUGGACAUCGUGUUUACAAAAACUAUGAUCCCCGAGCAAAAGUCAUCAAGAAACUGGCAGAGGAAGUGUUUUCUAUUGUUGGAAGGGAUCCUCUGAUUGAGGUAGCUGUUGCUCUUGAGAAGGCAGCUCUCUCAGACGAUUACUUUGUCAAGAGAAAGCUUUACCCUAACGUCGAUUUCUACUCUGGAUUGAUAUAUAGAGCAAUGGGAUUUCCACCGGAAUUCUUCACCGUCUUAUUUGCGAUCCCCCGAAUGGCUGGAUACUUAUCCCACUGGCGUGAAUCAUUGGAUGAUCCCGACACCAAGAUCAUGAGGCCUCAACAGGUUUACACAGGAGUGUGGCUCCGACACUACAUGCCCGUGAGGGAGAGAACGUUGUCGAAUGAGUCGGACGGCAAGGCCGACAAGCUCGGCCAAGUCUCAGUCUCGAAUGCAUCGAGGAGGCGUCUUGCCGGUACUGGGAUUUAGGGUUUUGGUUUCGGAAGGUUUUGUCCAAAGGAAUAAAGGAGGAAGAAAUGAAAGGUCCUCUCUUUCAUGUUUGUUUUGUGUGGGGAAGUGACUGACUCCGUGGAUAAGCAAAACUCUCGCAGCAAAUUAAUAAAGAUUAUAUAUAUAAUAUUGAAUGCGAAGA